AUGUCACAUAAUUGGUUAAAAGAGCAUGCUGAUUAUUAUGAAGAAGUUUUAACUGAUUAUCGUGCAAAAUAUCCUAAAUUACGUGAACUUAAAAAAGCUAUGCGUCGAAAAAAUAAUCGAAUACAAUCAAAAUUAUUUCGAGGAAUUCUCCCAACUAUAGAAAAAUGGAAAUAUCUCGAAAAGGAAUGGACUCUCUCAGAUCGCAUAUUAUCAGCACAUAUACUUUCCCGAAGAAUUGCUUCCCAAAAAUGUUUAGAACUUCAUCAAAUAAAAUAUCCUGAAAUUCCAAUCCCAUUAAUUUAUAAGCCAAGAGAUGGAUACAAACAAAACUGCCUUAAAGAGUUAGUAAAAAAUGACAUAGUAUACUUAUCUUUAAAUACACUUCCUAACAAAUUCUUAAAAGAUAUGUUGGUGGAUAAAAAAGUCAUAGAUUGGGAACUUGGAUAUGCUAUGACUAUUCAUACUAGUCAGGGGAUGACUCUUAAGUCACCACAGCGU